GUUUAUCAGACUUUGAACUUUUGGAUCCGUAAAGAAGCAGCAGAGCCCUCGUGUUUCUAAUGAAGCCAACAAUGUGCCUGAGGGUCCUGGUAAUCUUGGUCUUCAGCUUCUGCAGCUGCCAGUCAGCGUCAGUAUUUCUGAAUCCAGACAGAGCCAAUGGCAUCCUGCACCGGACUCGGAGGCAUAACUCUGGAUGGUUCGAGGAGCUGCAAAAAGGAAACUUGGAGAGAGAGUGUCUGGAGGAGACCUGCUCAUAUGAAGAGGCCCGAGAGGUGUACGAGCACACGGAGACCACGAACGAAUUCUGGAAAAUCUACAAUGUGACUGACAGCUGUCUGUCCAAUCCCUGUCUGAACGGUGGAACCUGCUACUCCCAGAGUUCAUCCUACAACUGCUUCUGCCUGCCACAGUUCACCGGGAUCAACUGUGAGCUGGAGGCCCAGACUGUCCCCAGCACCUGCCUGCUGGAUAACGGCGGCUGCGAGCAUUUCUGCAGUGAAGGCGAGGGAGGACUAAGGCUCAACUGUUCGUGCGCUGAUGGCUACUUCCUAAAUGAAGACGGGCUGAGCUGCACAGCAAGAGAUUCUAUAGCAUGUGGCAUGGUCCCUAUCCUGCAGCAUGAAAGCAAAGUUCACCAGCUCGACCCUCGAGCAAGAAUCGUGGGAGGAACGGAAUGUCCCAAGGGUGAAUGUCCCUGGCAGGUUUUGCUGGUCUAUAAAGGAAAAGGCUUCUGUGGAGGAGUGAUAUAUAAACCCAUGUGGAUCCUCACAGCGUCUCAUUGCAUGGAGAACACGGACGUUCACUUUCUGAAGGUGGUUGCAGGUGAACACAACACUGAGGAAAACGAAGGCACAGAGCAGCUGAUCCAAGUAGCUGAGAUCAUCAUGCAUGAGAGGUAUGCACCUCUCACGGCUGACAACGACGUGGCCUUGCUACGCCUGGUGGCGCCCAUCACCUGGACCCAGUACAUCGUGCCCGUCUGCCUACCCACUCGCCAACUGGCCGAGCGGGAGCUCUGGGCCGUCAGCCUACACACAGUGAGUGGCUGGGGAAGGAGAGGGGAGCACGGACCCACCUCCAAUGUCCUGAGAAGCCUGAAAGUGCCUCGGAUCCGGACACAGCAGUGUAUAGAGGAGAGCGGCGUGGUGCUGACAGAAAACAUGUUCUGUGCUGGCUACAUCGAAGGCAAGCAGGACUCAUGUAAGGGCGACAGCGGUGGGCCCCUGGUGACACAGUACAGGAAGACAGUGUUCCUGCUGGGGAUCGUCAGCUGGGGGAAGGGCUGCGCCCGCCCCGGUAACUAUGGCAUCUAUACCCGCCUGUCAAACUACCUGGAGUGGAUCCAAAACCGAACCGCAGCAACCGAUCAGCCCAAGAACCACACAAAGGUUCCACAUGACAACCUGACCACCUGAGGUCAGUCAGUGCUCGAAAAUUUACAUUUAUUUUGGCAGGUUCAGGUUUGAUCACUAACACCUUCCUAAAUGUGUAUUUAAUAUAUUUUCCAGUUUAACUAUGGAAUAAGUUACAGGAAACAUCGGAACAGUAUUUUGGCUUAGGUUUGACAGAGUAACAGGUUGUUACACUGUUUGAAAUCAGUUUAGACAAAUGAUUGUUCUAUUUCGUGACUGUGCUGCAUGAUUUGCUGGUGUCACUGUUACAGAAAUGCUGAUAUGUCCACAUGUCUAUGGGGUGCCAAAUGUAAAAAGAGCACCUAUAACUAGUUUUCUCACAUUUAACUAAAUGACACAACAUGUUUUCUCACAUUUAGUUAAAUGUGCAAAAGUCUAAAUGUAAAUGUAAAUGUUAAAUGUAAAUGUUAAAUGUAAAUGUUAAAUGUUAAAUGUUAAAUGUUAAAUGUCAAAUGUUAAAUGUUUAAUGUAAAUGUAAAUGUAAAUGUAAAUGUAAAUGUAAAUGUAAAUGUAAAUGUUAAAUGUACGAGAAUGUAUAUCUACCUGCACAUUCAUGAAUAUUCAUGAUCUCAUAUCAUGAAUAUUCAUGAAUGUGCAAGUAGACUCCAUCCCUACCCUCAAACAGCGCUGGUCUCAGAUCAGAGACGAAAACUCAAACACCUCAAACAGUGCGCGCAAACCCCGCCCACAUCUGAUCUGUAGACCUUUUAGUUAACUUCCGCACACCUGCCGUUACAGCCCGUUCAAUCUCCCCCAACGGGAGGGAGUUGGAGCUGGCGGCCAUGAUGGCUUUGACUUCAGGCUUCUCUCCAGUAUUUUCGUGCACCGAUCCAAAGUCAGAUGUGGGCGGAGCUAUGCGUACUGUUUGACGUGUUUGAGUCCGCGUCACUGAUCUAGGAUAGUAGGGGGUGGAGUCUACUUAAAUAUUCAGUUCGAUCAUUUAACAUUUACAUUUAACAUUUACAUUUAACAUUUAACAUUUACAUUUACAUUUAAAAUUUAGAUUUAACAUUUAGAUUUAACAUUUAGAUUUAACAUUUAACAUUUAGAUUUACAUUUAACAUUUAGAUUUACAUUUAACAUUUAACAUUUACAUUUAACAUUUACAUUUAACAUUUACAUUUAUAUUUAACAUUUACAUUAGUAUUUAACAUUAGAUAGACUUUUGCACAUGUAACUAAAUGUGAGAAAACAUGUUGUGUCAUUUAGUUAAAUGUGAGAAAACUAGUUAUAGGUGCUGCUUUUACAUUUGGCACCCCAUACAUGUCAUCAUUCAUGCACACAGUCCAUAGUUUAAGUGGAACUGCAGUCCUUGUGUGAUUUAUAAGUAUAAUAUAGUUCAAAUGUUUUCAAAGAACUGAAUAAUGUUGAAGGUGAAGAUGUUUAGCAUCUGUGGUGACCUGUAUGAUCACUGCACGAUACCGAAUUAAACUCCUUCAACAGCU